AUGGUACAAAAGGGGGAAGAGACAGUGGGCAUGGACUUACUGCACGAACAAAGCCAUUCGAAUCAACAUGAUCUACCUUGUCUGUAUAGCAUAAACUUUGUAUAUCUGCAUAUUUGCGAACGCAUCGACAGUAUUAUCCUGCAGGUCCUCACGCAGAGCUGUACGCCUAAGGUGUACUGGAAUAGCUACAGAAAGUUCGAGUUUGACGACACCAACACCGAUCCCGCGUCGUUCUGUGACGACAUCAGGUUUGGACUGCGCACCGAGGCUGACCCCAACACUAUCAACUGCGACGUGGUAAACCCCAGGGAUAAGCGCGAUUGA